CAGGAGGUUUCCAAUGAAUGCAAAUAUGAAUUAAAUUGGCUGCCCGUAUGAUUGAGUGGCCAAUUUUGCUCAGCAACAUCGGAAAUUGAACAAAUUUAUCAAUUCCCUUAGGCGUGGAAGACAGUUUCUCAAUUUGAAUACCAGUCAAAGGUGUUGCAAGGCGUCUAAAGAUAAAUGAACUCUGCAGCAAUGAAUGCUAGAAGUUUAAACACUUCUUAAAUGGACGAAUUAAAUAAGCACAGUCAGGAAAGCGAGCAUACAGACAGUCGCAAGUAAAAGGCGACACCGCGAGAGGGCCGCUGGGCAAAGUUUUUUGCCAUUAAGAGAACGGCGUCGACGUUUGCUCUCUGCUAGUGGAGGCUGGCAGGGAAAAUUAUCAGUUUGCUUGGCGACGGGGCGGUAAUCGGACGCCAGUAAGAGACCACAAAGAAGUGAAUUGCGAGUGGACUUACUGCAGCAAUCUAGGACAAAAAAGUUCCGCAGUUUUUUGGCCUCGCCAAGAUGAUUCCGCUGAAGGAAACCAUCAUCGCUUCCCUGCAGAUGCUAGAGCGUCUUGCGGGACGAAACCCUUUUAAUUGCGUGGUGUUUGGUCUGGACGAUACAUGGAACCAGGACACUUAUUUAGAUCUCGACCACGAAUGCGAGACUUUAGAAUGCGAAGACCAAGAUUUCAAAUAUCAUCGAUCCUCAUCUGAGAGUUUUAACGUACAUCUUCGAACAUCUGACGCCUCUUCGAACCGAAGCCAAACCUGCAAUGCAGGCUUGUUUGUCAAUAAUUUUAUGAAAGUUUCUGGCUCUCAAGAAAUUGGAAGUGAAGAACCGGGACCGUCAAAUCGUGAUUCAUGCAUGAUUAAGCAAGCAGAUUUAAUUAACGAUAAUAUCAAGGAUGAAAAUCACCCGGUGUCUUGUAGUCUUCAUCAGCUUAAUUCACUCUUAGAUCCACGCUGUAAUCAAGCGCUUGGUGAUGAUUCUACAAGCGAUCUCUGUGAAGAGUGUGCUGAUCAUUUCAGACACCAUGUUUCAGCUGUUGAUCAUAAUUUCACUGUACCGUCCACAAUUAACGAAGGCUUGAACCCAAUACCAAACAAAUGUUGUAUCUGUAUCUUGCGUAGAAUCGAACUCACUGACGAAGAAUUUUCGGAUUAUCAUGACUCAGUAAGAAAAGAAACACACGUGGAAUUGAAACGCAGAAGUCGGGAUAAAAAUCAAAACUUGACCCAGCACAACUUAAGAACCAACGAGACAGACGAAACUCAAGCCUCUCGAGCCGGUUUCCAAGUGGAGCAGCAAGAAGAGACCGAGUCUGGUGUUGCUGCGAUUUCUAAUGAACUCAUUGACCCCGAUUGUUUCGUUUGUUUCCGUAAACACGGUGAGCAGGAUGAUGACGUCACCUUUAAGUAUUAUGGCGUACUGUCGGAUUGUCAACACAGCUUCUGUAAGACUUGCAUCGCAUCGUGGCUGCAGCAAUCUGCUAUAGACAGAUGGAGAUGCCCGGUGUGUCGGUGCGCUGUGCUCUUCACGUACGACAGCCCGCGGUGGCUGCCGCACCGCAGCCGUGACAAGCAGCAACAACUUGCUAGCACUCGGGCCAGGCUAUUAGUGACACGGUCGGUGGGGCGCAAGUUGACGGCGCUGCUACGGCUGCUACUGCUCUACUGGACCGUAGGAGUCAAGGCUCUCAGGAACCUCGUCGAGGAGAUCACGCCGGAGUUCGAGCCGCUCCUGCACCGCCAUGAGAUAGGAUCCUUUAUCUAAUAUACGUUGCAGGAUAUUAGAUUAAUCCGAUAAUAUCCUUAGAUGAAUCCGAUAAUAUUCUUAGAUUAGAUAUCCGAUAAUAUCCUUCAUCUAAUAUCGGAUCUGUAUCUAAAAUCUAAUAGAGAAUAAUAUCGAAUUAAAAAUUUCGAUGGCUUAAAGGAAUGGAAAUCAGGGCAUCUUAGUCGCUGAAACAGUCGAUUUGCCACGAUAGAUAUUAUAAGAGAAUAUAUUUUGCUAUGGAAGUUAUAUAUAGUUAUGUGACAAGCUAUAACAAUUUAGUAUCACUCCAACAGGUCGAAAUCGCUUACAACUGUUACUUUACGUUUGGCUUUUGUUUGAGGUAACUUAAUUUAAGUGUUUGAUGUUUCAAAUUUAUGCAAAUACACCUGAGAAUAUUCAGUUACUUACUAUCGAAUUAGCCUCUAAUAAAAUAUAAUAAGCAGAAUUCAUUGACAAAAUUUCCUUUGAAGUGUUGUGGUUUAAUGGUGGAAAUGUCUAUGGCUGGGAAAAGUAACUCUGAACAGUAUUGCCAGUAAUCAUAAUUAAUAGCCACUUCAUUGAUAGUCGUAUGGAGCCUCUUUUUGAUUGCUACAGACCAAUCACGCGCGUACGUUGAACUGUGGCAAAUAUGGCGAUCGGCCUGUCGCGUCAAGAAGAAAUGACGCAAUCCUGGAUAUUUUAACCGGAUUUAACAGAACUUAACUCAGCCAGUUUACAGUACCUACAGUUACGCGCAUAUUUAUUGGCAACUUUCAACUCUAAAUUUAAAUAUUGCACCUAUGUCCAAGAUACUGAUGAAAUAUUAGUGUGCUUGUAUUAAAAUGCUAGCCUGUAAUCGUGUAAACUAAUUUCUUACCUUAAAAAUAUAUUAUUCAUUUAAU